AUGAAGUGUGUUCUAUUCCUUGCCCUGGCUACAGUAUACGUCUUUGCUCAAGGCUCCCCGGAAUCUGGGAGCAGUGAGGAGAUGAGGACGAGGGGACCACGAAUGUCGACGCUUUCCGGAGGUUGGGGAUCGACUGGAAGUGGGAAAAACUGCGGCGUGAACGAGACCUGGGUGGGACCAUGCGCUUCUCGCUGCGAGGGUACUUGCCAACAACCGAUUCCGACGAUCUGCACGAUGGAGUGCUACCAGGGCUGCAAGUGCAAGGAGGGCUACGUCCGCUUUGGAUUCGUGCCGCAAUGCAUCAAAAAGGAGGAUUGCCCCAGGAUGCCGAUGACCCCGGGCACCGUCCAGCCGCCGCGCUUCUCCCGAAUGCCGAUCGUCGUCGACCCGCCGAUGAAUACUUCCCAGUACUACCGUGCUAUGAAACUGAUCCUCCUCGCCGUUUUUAUUGUGGUUUUCUGCGGCGUUGAUGGAAGAGGCUGCAAGCCGUUCGAGCAGUUCGUCGAGUGUGGCAAGAGCUGCGAGCCGACUUGCCAAAACCCGGUGAUUGAGAUGUGUACCGCCGACUGCUUCGUCGGAUGCCAGUGCGUUCGGGGACGAAUCCGGAAUGACAGAACCGGAGCAUGCGUCAAACCAGCGGAAUGCCCACGCCGUUUU